AUGUCCCUGUUGUCCCUAUGUCCCCAUGUGCCCAUAUCCCCACUGUCCCUGUGUCCCCAUGUCCCCAUGUCUCUGUAUCCCCAUGCCCCUGUUGUCCCCAUGUCCCGUUGUCCCCAUGUCCCUGUAUCCCCGUGUCCCCGCGUCCCUUGUCCCUAUGUCCCCAUGUGCCCAUAUCCCCAUGUCCCUGUGUCCCCAUGUCCCCAUGUCUCU